AUGAAUCGAAAUACGAAUAAAUUAAAACGAGUACGUUCAAGAAAAAAUAAUAUUGAAACACCAGCAAAAAGACAAUUUCUGAAAGAAACUGAAAAACGUCGUCGAGAUUUAUUUGCACAAUCAAUAACAAAUUUAAGAGAUAUACUUUUAAUUCAAAAACCCUCUGAUACAAAUGAAGAAAAUACAAAUCAAUGCAAUGUUUUUUUUCUUGUUAUUAAACUUGAUUUAAGUUUUCAUAAAAUAGUUUAUGUAUCAAAGAAUAUUCAUUCAUAUUUUGGUUAUUCACAAGAGGAGCUUAUUAAUCAUUCAUUAUUUGACUUUAUUCUUCCAUCAAAUCAUGAUCAACUACUUGCCUAUCUUCUAAAUAAUCAUCAAGUCUUACAAACAUGUGACAUAUCAUGGAAACGAGCAGUUGAUAAUGAUUAUGAACAAUGUACAUUGAUUGGUGCAUAUCGAACAAUUAAUGAAAACGAACAAUAUUUCAUGUCGAUUGUUAAAAUAAAUACAUUAGAUCGAAUGUUAAGGAUGAAUGCUGAUUAUCCAGUAGAAGAAUUUAUCACUUAUUUAAAUACUCAAGGAAAAUUUGUUUAUAUCGAUUCAAAGGCUCGAGAAAUGCUUGGUUAUGAUCCAUUUGAAUUAAUUGGACGUACUUAUUUUGAUUUUGUUCACCCGGAUGAUCUCCCAGUUAUUGUUCGAGCUUAUAAAUUAUGGAAAGAAAAUGGAAAUGAGAAAAGUGAACCGUACAGAUUUUUAACAAAAGAUGAUCAAUGGAUUCUUCUGCAAACAUCUUCACAAGCACAUAUUAAUAAAUGGACAGGAAAAGUUGAGAGCUAUAUUUGUACAACAUACAUCGUUCAAUGUCAUUCAUUACAACAACAAUUCGCAGAAAGACCAAUUAAUAUUCAAACAAAUAAUUCAGAUAAUUCAGCUGAUGCUUUACUAUCGCCUUCAAUGAUAACAACUACAGCACAAUCAUCAUCAUCAAUAACAACAACAAUUUCAUCAAUAUUAAAUAAUCAAGAAAGUAAUUCGUCGUCUUCUGAAAAUGAAAUAACUCCAUUUUUAACUCAUCUUCUAAAUGAUAUUUACCAAGAAGCUAUCUUUAAUAAAUUAACUGAAUAUCGAAGAAUUAAACAAAAUGAAAUUAAUAUUCGUCAAGAAGAAAUUCGAGUUAUUGAUCAUGUUCGCCAGUUUGUUAAUGAAUAUCAUAUUAAACAUUCAAAUAAUCAACUGAUUUCAGAUGAAAUGAAAGAUUCAAAUACAGAAGAUCUUGCUUUAAAUAUGCUCAAUAGAAAUAGUGAUAUAACUUCAUCAAAGAGUUCAAUAACAAAUACUACUGAUCAAUAUUGUAUUCAGAUAGAUUCAAAGGAUAAUAUGCCAGUGGAUCCAUUAUCGUCUAUAUCUUCUUCAUUUCCAACAGAACCAUUUUCAGAUAUAUCAACUACGAAUAAUCCAAUACAGGAUACUGAAUAUUUGACAUCAACAACAAAUCCAACUAAUCAUUGA